UCCUUCAGUUUCUGGAUCAAGCAACGUUCCUCCAGAAUCUAGACCCUUCCCGUUAAGAAAGCUCCUUCCUCUUUCUGUUCUUCACAAUUGGAAACUCCAAGAAGCAAACCCUAUAAAUAGGAUACCUUUCGGAACUCUGUGACCAAAUCCACCAGCCAGCAAACAACAACGAUUUCAGAAAGGAAGGCUUGCAUAACUCUGCGAUCAUAUAUCUUACAAGAAAGAGAGCUAGAGAAAGUUUAGAGGUAAAGAGGAAGAAAGAGCGAUGUGUUUGGUGUUUGUUUGCGAUGAAGAUGAUACGGUUCUCUCCAGGCAACCAGCACCGGGGGCGUGCCCGUUCUGUGGAGGUUUGGUUCAAGUCGUGGAUAUAGAGAGACAGUGGAGGUUCUGUUUCUUCCCUCUAUAUUGGAAAACCAAGCGCCAGUUCUACUGCAGCUUGUGUAAUAGACACUUGGUAGUGCCGAAUCAGUGAUAGGACUAAUAAAACAGAGGUUGAUGUUCAUGUAUGAACUCUGCAACAUAGAAAGUUUGCAGUUGUGUAUGUGUAUGGACUUUUGUUUCUUAUGUUAGGGAUGUUUUGAUAUCAUGACAAGGCUGUUUAUACUUGCUACAAUUUUGUGUAGUUUUUAUCCAGAUUUUGUUUCAAUGUUCUCAUU